AUGAAUCUCUUAGCUUGGAACUGCCGAGGGCUUGGGAAUCGCCGUGCAGUUGAUGAGCUUGGGGAUUUAAUCCAAGCAAAAGAUCCCGGGAUAGUUUUUCUAUCGGAAACAUGGUCGACACAAGAACAGAUGAAGGGAGUUCGAGAUAAGUUUAAGUUUGAUGGGUUGUUUACUGUUUCUAAUGAGAGUAGGGGAGGGGGUUUGGCUAUGUUAUGGAAGGGGAGUACAAAUGUAUGGGUUGAUAGUUUUUCGAGUUAUCAUAUUGAUGUUAUUGUUAAUGGAGGAUCUGAGAAUGCAUGGAGGCUUACAGGGUUUUAUGGUGAGCCUGAUACAAGUAUUCGGAAUGAAGGGUGGAAUAUGUUAUGGAUGCUAAGUUCCAAACCAAGGCUGCCAUGGUGUUGUUUUGGUGAUUUUAAUGAACUACUACAGCUACAAGAAAAGAGGGGUGGACCGCCAAGGGCUCAUAGUCUUAUGCAGAGUUUCAGGGACAUUCUUGACCUUUGUGGAUUUGUGGAUUUGGGGUUUUCAGGUCCAGAGUUUACAUGGCAUGGUCGUCGUAGAGGGGAGUUGAUUUGGGAACGACUAGAUCGGGGUGUGGCCAACUAUGAAUGGUUGGCAAGGUUUCCUACAGGUAGAAUUAAACACUUGCAUUGUUUUACUUCUGAUCAUCGUCCAAUUCUCCUUUCUUUAGAUUCCAAUGGUGAAAAUCAACGGUGGAAGAGAAAGCCAUUCCAUUUUGAGGCAAUGUGGUUGUCCGACCCAGAGUGCAAGGGGGUUGUUUCAACUGCAUGGGCAUGUAAUCCUGAAGAUUUGUUUAAAUCAUCAAACCCACAUGAUUUGGAUAGAGUGUUAGACGGUGUACAACGUGUAGUGAGUGAAGAGAUGCAAGCUGACUUGGCAAGGCCUUAUACGGUGGAAGAGGUUGAGCGUGCAAUUAAAGAGAUGGCUCCUUUAAAAGCCCCGGGACCUGAUGGAAUGCCUCCCUUAUUCUACCAAACAUAUUGGACCGAGGUUGGUAUGGAUGUUUCUCAAGCUGUAUUGUCUUGCUUAAAUUCUGGCUCUUUGUUGAAAUCCAUUAACCAUACUUUUAUCACUUUAGUCCCAAAGGUCCAAAACCUUGAAAGAGUGAUGGAUUUCAGACCUAUAAGCUUGUGUAAUGUGAUCUAUAAAAUUGUUAGUAAGGUGAUUGCAAACCGUUUGAAGCCUCUACUAAACUCUAUUAUUUCUGAAGCUCAAAGUGCUUUUAUUGGUGACCGUCUGAUUACUGAUAAUAUUCUUAUUGCUUUUGAGUCCCUUCACCACAUGAAAGCCACUUGCACAGGGAAGACAGGUUUUAUGGCUCUUAAAUUGGAUAUGAGCAAGGCUUAUGACAGGGUGGAAUGGAUUUUUCUUGAACAAAUCCUUUUGAGGAUGGGUUUUAGGGAGGAAUGGGUGGCUUUGAUUAUGGAGUGCAUUACAACGGUAUCUUACUCAAUUUUGGUUAAUGGGGAGCCAAAGGGCUUGAUUAAACCUUCUAGGGGCUUGAGACAGGGUGAUCCCCCUUCUCCAUAUCUGUUUCUCUUUUGUUCGGAAGGGUUGAAUGCCAUUCUCAGGAAAGCGGCUUUGAAUGGGGAAAUUCAAGGAUUUUCUCUAAGUCGUAAUGGACCUAAGAUUACUCAUCUUUUCUUUGCCGAUGAUUGUCUCUUGUUUUGCAGAUCUACUUUGGAGGAGUGUGAGAAAAUUCAAGAGCUUUUAUCCUUGUAUGAAGAUGCCUCGAGCCAAAUGCUUAAUAAGAAUAAGACAACUUUGUUCUUUAGCAGAAACACUGAUGAACAGAUGAAGGAGGCAAUCAAAUCAUCUCUAAAUGUCCCAGCCAUUCAACACUACGAGAAGUAUUUAGGGCUCCCUUCUUUUGUAGGGAGAGCGAAAAAACAAUGCUUUACUCAUUUGAAGGAAAGAAUUUGGGCGAAGAUGCAGGGGUGGAAGGAGAAAUUAUUGUCCCAAGCUGGAAAAGAAGUCAUGAUCAAGGCGGUGGUUCAAUCUAUUCCCACAUAUUCCAUGAGUGUUUUUAAAAUACCGGUUGGGUUGUGUAAAGACAUUGAAGCCAUGAUUCGAAGGUUUUGGUGGGGUCAAGGGGAUUCAAAGAAGAUCCAUUGGGUCAAGUGGAGUACUCUUAGUUCCUCAAAGACCAUGGGAGGUAUGGGUUUUAGAGAUAUUCAGAAAUUUAAUAAUGCUUUGCUUGCUAAACAGGUAUGGCGUUUGCUUCACCAAAAGGAAACGUUGUUAUAUAAGGUUUUUAGUGCGAAGUAUUUUCCAAUGGGGAAUAUCCUUGAGGCUUUGGUUCAUCCUAAAUGCUCUUAUGCAUGGCGGAGUAUAUUGCAGGCGCAUGAUGUAGUACGUAGAGGUGCAAUGUGGAGAGUUGGAGAUGGGAGUUCCAUUGCUAUUUGGGGUCAAAGAUGGCUGCCUGACCAACCUAAUGGUAGAGUUAUUUCACCAAAACUUGCCUCCAUUGUGACUUGUGUUAAGGAUUUAUUUUAUCCAGGUACAAGGAUUUGGGAUCCGGGGUUGUUGGAGAGGACCUUUGUGCCUUGGGAAGCUGAAUUAAUUAAAAAUAUCCCAGUUAGUGAGGGGUGGAUAGAAGACUUGCUGAUCUGGCCAUUGACUCCAGAUGGACACUAUAGUGUUCGUAGUGCCUAUCAUAUGUUGUUUGAGGAUGAAAGCAGGCAAGAACCAGGUUCGUCCUCCUCCAAAAAUUCACAUCAGGAUGUCAGGCCGAGAAUUGGAGGUACAUCAGCUCGCUGGAUUCCUCCUCAGGAUACGUUCUAUAAAGCAAACUUUGAUGCGGCUAUAUUUGAAGAUUUGGGUAGUGCAGGUUUGGGAGUGGUGAUCAGAGAUUGUCAUGGCCAAGUUAUAGCUGCCUUAAGUCAGAAAAUCUGGAAGCCUAACUCAAUUGAAGCUGCUGAAGCAUUAGCUGUUUGCCGAGCUGUUGUGUUCGCAAAAGAAUUAUGUAUUUUUAAGGUGAUUGUGAAAGGUGAUUGUUUGAGGGUGGUGCAGGCCUUGAAAGCAAAGGAGAGGUGUAACACUCUGUAUGGGAAUAUAAUUGAAGAUACGCGCAAUCAAAGUUUAUCCUUACAGUAUUGUCAAUUUUAG